AUGGAGCGUAAAAUAAACAGAAGAGAAAAAGAAAAGGAGUAUGAAGGGAAACACAACAGCUUGGAAGAUGCCGACCAAGGAAAGAACUGCAAAUCCACGCUGAUGACCCUCAACGUUGGUGGAUAUUUAUACAUUACUCAAAAACAAACACUGACCAAGUACCCAGACACUUUCCUUGAAGGUAUAGUAAAUGGAAAAAUUCUCUGCCCGUUUGAUGCUGAUGGUCAUUACUUCAUAGACAGGGAUGGACUUCUCUUCAGGCAUGUCCUAAACUUCCUACGAAAUGGAGAACUUCUACUGCCCGAAGGGUUUCGAGAAAAUCAACUUCUUGCACAAGAAGCAGAAUUCUUUCAGCUCAAGGGACUGGCGGAGGAAGUGAAAUCCAGGUGGGAAAAAGAACAGCUAACACCCAGAGAGACUACUUUCUUGGAAAUAACAGAUAACCAUGAUCGCUCACAAGGACUGAGAAUUUUCUGUAAUGCUCCUGAUUUCAUAUCAAAAAUAAAAUCUCGCAUUGUUCUGGUGUCCAAAAGCAGGCUGGAUGGAUUUCCAGAGGAGUUUUCAAUAUCAUCAAAUAUCAUUCAAUUUAAAUACUUCAUAAAGUCUGAAAAUGGCACUCGACUUGUACUAAAGGAAGACAACACCUUUGUCUGUACCUUGGAAACUCUUAAGUUUGAGGCUAUAAUGAUGGCCUUAAAGUGUGGUUUUAGACUGCUGACCAGCCUGGAUUGUUCCAAAGGGUCAAUUGUUCACAGUGAUGCACUUCAUUUUAUCAAGUAAUUACCUGUGUCAUGAACAAAGGCAACAAGCAUGCAGCCAGCAAGCUUCGGAAAACCACAGCAUCAAAGGCAUCCCAAAUAAUGUGUGCCUGGCCAGCUCUGUACUCAGAGCCCUGCUGCUAAUCAAUUACUAUGAGCUAACGGUAUGUAAAUUCUAUCGCUAAAGAUGUCCUUCUCGAGGGUGUUCCUGCUGAUCAGACU